AACCACCUGUGUACCAGUAUUUGUUACCUAUUAUAAAUCUAUUGUAAGUUAACGGAGUAUACUUCUACUGUUUUUGUAUGCUUCAAUAAGUUACCAGUUGAUGUGUGGAAAGUAUAUAAUAUCCUGGUUAACAGAGACUUUUUUUAGUUGGUAUUCAGGCAUCUUUCUAAACAAAAUGAUGACUUUAAGCUAAGAAAAAUUUGGUCAUGGCAAUAUGAAGAUAGAUGUUUAAUAUUUAAAGGGUUCUGUCAUCAAUUGUGGUCCGUCCAUAUUCUACUGCCAAUCAUGAAUACAUCAAGUUUUACAUAUAAUCCUGGCUGUAGGUAUGGUAAAUACCUCAACCGUGCCUGCACCAUGUCAUCUUCACAGCUAUCCUCGGGUAGUGCUGCAUCUCAUCCACCUAUGUCACAGGACACAUUUGACUAUCUCUGGAGUACUUUAGGCGAUGUUACAACAAAUGGAGAAUUUACCCAUAUUAGUUCUCGUGACCUAGAUUAUCAUUAUGGUGAACAAGAAGAAGAAGGAACUACUUUUCAAGUAGAUCGCUAUGCAAUUAGAAAUCCAGAUUCUUCCAUUGGAGACAUUUUGAACCCAUUGAUUGCUCAAACAACGACAGCUGGUAUGUCACCAGAUUCACAGACCAAUAUUAUUGGUAGUACAGCUUCCAGUCCAUAUACAGAUUCAAUCACAUCACCACAACCAUAUUCACCUCAUGGAAACAUUACAUCACCUGUACCAACCGUCCCAUCAAAUACGAAUUAUGCUGGCGAUUAUGGUUUUGAAAUCAGCUUCACACAGCCAUCAAAAGAAACAAAAUCAACAACAUGGACGUACUCAGAGUUGUUAAAGAAAUUGUAUGUUCGUAUGGCAACAACUUGUCCAGUACGUUUUAAAACAUUACGCAGUCCUCCACAAGGAUGUGUCAUCAAAGCCAUGCCCAUCUUCAUGAAACCAGAACAUGUCCAAGAAGUAGUGAAACGUUGUCCUAAUCAUGCUACAUCAAAAGAACACAACGAACAUCAUCCUGCCCCCACCCAUCUCGUUCGUUGUGAACAUAAGUUGGCCAAAUAUGUAGAGGACAGUUACACGAGUAGACAAAGCGUCAUCAUUCCACACGAGAUUCCACAAGCUGGAUCAGAAUGGGUGACAAAUUUAUUUCAAUUCAUGUGCCUAGGGUCGUGUGUUGGUGGCCCCAAUCGUCGCCCCAUUCAGAUUGUGUUUAGCCUUGAAAAAGACAGUACGGUGCUAGGGAGGAGAGCUGUUGAAGUCAGGAUUUGUGCCUGCCCGGGUCGUGAUAGGAAAGCCGAUGAAAAAACUGCCAUGCCACCUAAACCCAUGAACAAAAAAAUGGCUGCACACAAGAUGACACUUGGUACAGAAAUUACAAGUAUAGGUCCUGGGAAAAAACGUAAAAUUGGUGAUGAUGAAGUAUUCACAUUAACAGUUAGAGGGAGAGAGAAUUAUGAGAUACUAUGUAAAUUGAGAGAUUCACUGGAACUGUCUGCCAUGGUGCCUGCAACACAAGUCGAAACCUACAAACAACAUCAAGUAGAGAUUCAACGACAGGUAACCCAAACAAGAAUGGUAUCUAUACCUAACCGAGAUGGUGCUCUUACACCUCAAAAUGGUGAAACAAGACAAGGCAGUUUACCAUUUAAUACAGAUGCGAACCAUGUUACUAGUUCACAGUUAAAUCAAGAAGUACAAGUAUUAUCUGGUGAAAAUGUCUUAGUUAAAGAAGAACCAGCUGGUAGAAAUGGUAUUUUGACGUUAUCGGAUAAUUCUGUAGCUGGAUGGUUGUCACAGUUAGGGUUAUCAGCCUAUAUUGAUAAUUUCCAACAGAAAGGUUUAAACCACAUGUUCCAGUUGGAUGAGUUUACUUUAGAUGAUUUAGAAAACAUGAAGAUAGGUACAAGCCACAGAAACAAAAUAUGGAAAGCAUUAGUUGAAUUCCAUCAAUCACAAGGUUUAUUAUCCGGGACAUCUCAAUCUUUACAAAGAGAUGCUAGUAAUGCUUCAACAGUCAGCCUUGGUUCUCAGGCCAGUAUCUCACAGAACAGUACCUAUUGUCCCGGGUACUAUGAGGUGACUCGUUACACCUUUAAACACACGAUAUCUGUUAAUGAUGAAACCACAUCUAGUAAGAAAGCGAAACUAGAUUGAUACCAAUGUAAGCUAAUAAUUAACAAAUUUGUUGCAUGAAUCAUUUAAAAAUGAUUUUUUUAAAAUCAGCAUCAUAUCAAAUUAGCUGCUGAUUAUUAUUAUCAAUACUUCCUAUUUACGAUCAUCGUAGCAUAUUAUUAUGCUCUGUUACAUUCUUUUUGUGCAUUUCCAUAAAUUGUAUUUUUAGUGAGAAAAUUAUGGUAUGCCAAUUCUUGACCGUAUUUAUAGAGAAACUUGCUAUUCAGGCAAUUUUUAUUUGCUAAGCUUUGUUAAUACUAUCACUUGAAGAUAAAAUUAUUUUAAUAGAUCAAAUAGCAUGAAUUGUUGACAUACUCAAUUGAGAAAGUAAGUAUCCAAAUUUCACAGUCAGAUUAUCUGUUAUUUGUGCCAGGCAUGUGGGAAACUGUUAAUGUCAAGUUCUGAAUAUAAUUUUUGCUCUUCUAGUGAGAUGAAGAGAUGAGCAGUGUACAGAAAGAAUGUAGUAAUGUUCAAGGGAGAUAAGUCUGUUAAGUGUCUGAUAAUAUUGUGCUAGCUACAGACAAUAUCCGUCCAUACAAUCUAGAUUUAGUGAUAUUGUUAAAGUAAGAUAAAUACUAAAACUAUAGAGUAUAUGUUAUUGAAUUAUGUGAGUGUUAGACUGGAAGGAAUAUGGGUGUAAUCCAUCUGUGCAUAUAAUGUGCAAAUUUAUUAAUUUUAUGUUAUAAGUAAGGCCACACAAAAUAAAUGUCUUGUUUUUUGGGCAAUUGACAGCUUCUUGUAGGAGGGGAGGUCAGCUUUUUUUUUUUUUUAAAUUCAUUGCUGGCUAGUGGAUGGUGCAAAAUAAAAUUUGGCUAUUACUGAAAAUUGCAUGGGCUGGAGGACAGUCCUUUUUUUUAUGAGAACAGAAAGCAUCACUUGUUUUUAUGUUCUUGCCAGUUUCCAGAUCACCAUAAUCGCACUGUUGCAAAGCAAUAGGAAUGACUUCAGUCACUGUCUUCGCCUUUUCAACUCCAAUAAUAGUCAACAGGGAAACGGAUAUGCCGCCUUUCUCAAUUUGGACUUGAGACUUGACGAUCAAAAAGUGGUACAAAUUAUGUGGUAAAUUGUAGACUUACUAUUUGUCAACGCCGUCGUCCCUGUAGCUAAGUAAAUCUUGUGCGAGACCACAAUUUGCAUUAAGCAUGCAAAUACGAGUGAGUCGUUUCACCCAAGGACCUUUUACAAAUGAUUUCAUUCCUGUUUUCACAUGACAAUUUCUCCCAGACAGAUCUGUUCAUACAGUUACAUUCAAUCAUAUUUAGCCGAAGGUAAGUUUUCAGUCAUGACAAAGGAAAGUCUGUUUCUAAUUAACAUAUUGAUAUACGCAUUCAACUAUAAUUAUUGUUGUCAGCAAUGUUUUGUAUGGACAAUGAAACAUACAUUAUGCAAGAGCUAAAUCUGAUUAUUGCAAGUCUUUAUUUAGGCUUCAGAUGUCAUAGAAAUUAUAAAUUAGACCUUUAUUUACACAAGCACAAAAUCAACUCUGUAGACCCACGGAUGGCUUGGAUUUAAACAGGAUUUCAUUGAUUGAUUAAAUUUUUAAAUGGCAUCGUAAGCUGAGAUUAACCGUUACGUUGACGUCAUACUCUGGGAAAUUUUAGAUCGAGGCUGAAUGAUAGAGUACGAAGCGAGGCCGCUGUUGAGCGAGGCUGCAUAUGUCGGUCAAUUUGAUUGAAAGUUCGAUAUAUACGGCCUUGAUAUUAUGUUUAUUUGUGGUUAAAAUGAGAGUUUAGAUGUCGGUAUUAUACGCUCUUUUGUCACUUGCGUUUACAGAAAAAUUAUGGAAAUUGAUAAACAUCGCAGCUAACAUCACCCCAGUUGAAUUGCAGCCCAUGCAGCCCCAUUGCCAUUGGAUCAAUGUUUCUUAUUUCAAUUGAAGAAGUCGGCUAUAAUUAUGCCUCAUUGAUUUGGUCCAUUCCUUUAAAACUUUCGCUUCUUAUCUAUAUAAUAAAAGUCUUUUUUUUAAUUUGUAGUAAAAAUAAAUGUGAUACGAAUUGAAAACGUUACUUGAUUAUUUUUGAACUGUUAUAGCAAGAAUGGCCAACUCUCUAUUAAAAUCUCCCAUAAUGCAUCUUUAAGGGAAGGUAAUUGAUAUAUGAUACAAAAAUGGAGGUUCUUUCAAUAUCGAUAAUAAAGACCCAUAAAUAAGUAUUUUCAUAUUACCCAGUUUUAACACACCUGAAUGGAUAUACUGUACGACACAUGAAGGCAUGUGUUUUUCUUUUACGACUUGCAUAUCGAUGGUUGAGUGGGAAUUGGGUUGGGGUUUUAUUUCAUCAAAACCAAUAAAAAGACUGCAAGCUCAACCAUUUUUGGGUGUAGUCGGUGCCCGAAAAACAACUUAUUUUAUUUGUGUUGCCUAAAUGCUACUUUAUAGUAAGCAGAAACUUAGAAUAAUGUAUAUCCUGUUAAAAUGUGUGUUGUGUACUCUAUGAGUAAUAUAUUAUUAAAUAAUUUUUAACAUUCCAAACUUUUUAACACUGCAAAGUGUUUUUUUAAUGUGUUCAUAAAACGGUGUGCAUUAUUUUAUAUGAAGAUUGUUUGUAGCAAUUGUAUUACAAACCGGACGUGUUGUUUUCAAUGUUAUGUUCAAAUUGGUGCAUUUCUUUUAAACCUGAAACUGAAUAUUUUGGGUUAUUAUUUGCAACUAGAUGUUUUGUCUUUUUCAUCUUCCUAUAGAUCUGUUCAAAAAGUGAUUUUCCUCCCUUAUAAUUGCUUCGGUUUGAACAUCUGAAGUAUUUCUGUUAUGAUACAGCAUCCUGUAACAGGAAAACAAUUCUUAUAUCAAAUUGACACUGGAAGUAGUCACAGCAAACAUGUGAUUUCAAAAAUAAGAGAGCACUACUUGUUGAACAUAUCCGUUAGAUUCACUGCCAUAUUGCCGAUACCUAUAAAUAUCCCAAAAGUAUUUUGCUCUAACAUUUCAACUUUCAAGUAUUUAUUUAAUACAUGUCUAUAUAUAUAUAUAGUAGAAUAGUUAAUUAAAGCUGCUCUUUAGUAAUAUAUAAUUGAAAUUAAAGAUGGCAAAAUAAAACUACAUUUUUAUGCUAACGUUUUCACUGCGAUAGCGGCUCUUCAGGCAUUUAUUAAACAUUGUUAAAAUAAAUGCUUGAAUAUAAAACCUAUAUUAUUUUCAAAGUAACCAUUCAUUUACUUGCUCUAAUUCUUGAAUUUGUUUACCUAUGUAUCUAAAUCACGAAAUCAUUUUCAUGUAUAACACAUCUUUACUUUAGGUAAAAAAAAUAAUUUAAAAUUGGAUACAAACUUAUGAAAUGUGUGUUUCUUUGGAACAUUUCUAUAUGGCUAAGUAGAUUGUAAUUACAAAAUUGCAUGUAUUAUGUAAGAAAUCAUAAUGGGUUCUGUUAUCGUGGCAUGUGUGAAGAUUUUAGUUGAACAAAAUACAUGUAGAUAAUAAAGUCUUUGUGGCUGUCAAGUUCUUUAUCAGACAUUUUAGUUUUAGAACGCUUUAAAUACCAGUCUGAAUAUAGUUUAUAUUUGCAGAUUAUUUAUCAGAGAACAAUUGUUUGUAUAGAUAAAAUGUUUCUUUUCUAUCUAAUUUAUAAAGAUUGCAUAAUAUAUGCUAAUUAUUUAUUUUCAAAGUUUUCUAUGAUUUGUAAAUAUUUGUUUCUUUCAGUAAAUAUGUAGCCUUACAAGUUAUAAUUUAUAAAUGUUUUGCAAUAUCUUAUGUGCUUUUAUAUUUUUUUAAAACUACAAGUAUAUGUAUGUUAUGAUUUAGUGUUACCAAAUUAAAGCUGUUCUUAUAUUGAUUUAUUCACUGCUUUUUAUAUGCCCACGUUGAAAUGUAGUCUUAUAUUGUCGUCCGUCGUCCACAAUUGCUUGCGAACACUCUAGAGGCAAAAGUUAAUAUCCAAUUGACUUUAAAUGUAUACACACUGUUUACUUUAUUAUCAUGAGAGGAAGAAGUCGGUUGCUUAUCCACAAUUUCCGAUAAUUACUGCCAGAGUUAUGGCCCUUGAUCACUUUGAAGUAUCUUGUGGACGCUUUCGAGGCUAAAGUUAAUAUCUUUUUGUCUUAAACUUCUUAUACACGGUGUUUAAGGUCAUGAGACAAAAAAGUUAUCAUCCAAUUGAUUUUAAAUUUAUACACAGUGUUAAUAGUCAUGAGACGAAGCACCUAUAUGUUAUGAAGGAUUUCCAAUAGUUACUGCCAGAGUUAUGGCCCUUGAUUACUUCGAAAAAUCUUGCUUAUGCUGUACAGGCCAAAGUAAUCAUUCGAUUGACUUUAGAUUGAUACACAGAAUUUAAGGUCUUGAGACGAAAAAGUAUAUUGAUUUUCAAUGAUUUUUGAGAACUUGAACAGCUAACCCAUGAACUUAAAUGUUUUGUAUACUAAACGUUUCCAUGGAGCAAAACUAGAAGCCAAACAAAUUCUAAUUGAGUUGAAUGUUACCCUUAAUCAGAUUUAAGUGUAUUAUAAAUGUUUCAUUACCGACAAAAGUACAAAUAUGCAACAACUCUUGUUAACUGCCCAGAUGGUUUAGCUGCUGUGGGUCUAUGUUUUGUUGCCUGGCAACCUAUCUUUGUUUAAAACUAGCAGGAAAAAAGCAUGAAAUAAUUUAAAUGGCAUUUGUAACAAUUCCUAGGGAAAAAGUAAAAAAUGUGUAUUUUUAGAGCAAUGAAAUGUACUACAAGCAUUUAUGUGCUACUUUCACAAUUAAUUUAAGUUCACUCUUUACUAAAGGUUUUUAUUUUUAAGUAUGUUAAAUUUGAAUUACAAGAUAACUGAUAAGUUGUUACAAACUUUAAAUAUUUGAUGAAACAUCACCCUCUUAUACAUUAAUUCAUGUUCUUGUCAUAAAUGGCUACGGGAUGUGUGUUCAAAAUAUAUCUACCAUUUCAUAAUACGUGUGCCAUCCAUAUAUCUUUAUAUCAUAAACAUUAACAUAAUUUAGAAUAAAAUAAUACUAUUUGUUCA